AGUCACAUUAUUUUUGCUUUUGGGUCUCAAAAACUUUAGUCUAAAAAAAAAAAGCAUAAAGAAGAGUACUAGGGAGACUUGUUUUUUUUUUAUUGUAGCACUAUUGACAAAAUGUCACCGGAAAAUAGAAACUACUUGCCGGAAUCCGAUGUCAUCGGCCUGAAUUUGAAGGAGACGGAGCUGACCUUAGGGAUGCCGGGUGAGACACGUGUAACGACCGAUACCGGUGUAAAGUUCGGCACUAAACGUGGGUUUUCAGAGACCAUCGAUCUUAACCUUGGUAGAUCAAACGUUAAAUGUCAUGAUAAAGUUUGUGAUGAUGAGUUGGAGAAUGAUGUGUUGGGUGGUGCAACAAAAUCUCUCACAGCAAAGGCACAACUAGUUGGGUGGCCACCUGUGAGAGCAUCAAGGAAGAACGUAAUGAAGAGCUGCAAGUUCAUAAAGGUGGCUGUGGAUGGAGCUCCAUAUCUAAGAAAGGUUGAUCUAGAAAUGUACAAUAGCUAUCAGCAGCUGUUGAGUGCUCUAGAGGAUAUGUUCUCUUGUUUGACAAUUCGUAAUUAUUUGAGUGAGAAGAAGCUUAUGGACCCUGCAAAUGGCGUGGAAUAUGUUGCUACUUAUGAGGAUAGAGAUGGUGACUGGAUGUUAGUUGGGGAUGUACCAUGGAAAAUGUUUGUUGAAUCAUGCAAGAGGGUAAGAUUGAUGAAAAGCUCGGAGGCAAUUGGACUAGCUCCAAGGACACCACAAAAAUGUUCAAGCACAGCUUAGAAAAAGCCUUUCACAAGCAUCCUUGGAAUGAUACAAUUUCAUGUACAUGUACAGAGGCUUUUGCUUUCGCUUUUUUUAGUUGGAAGAGUUUUGAUUAAUUAGGUAGAUAAAGUUUAGUAGAGAAAUAAGAGAGGCUUGCCUGUAAUUAUCUACAAGUUGCAUCUGUAGUACUAGUGCAAUGGAUGCUGUGGGCUUUUUUCUCACCUUUUUUGGGUCUGUAAGUUUUUGAUAGUGAAUAUUAGAGAGUUGGAUUGUAAUACUUUUCACACA